AUGUGUAAAAGAUCAAAAGGCCGAUUUGCGAAAUCUGAGUCUCGAUAUCAAUUUAACAUUGAUUGCAUUGAGAAGAAGUAUUGUAAUGCGGCGAAUAGGCGUGAAAUGGCCCGUGAGGCGCUGCAAAGAGAUUUCGGAGAUGCAUGUAUUUCGUCACCAGUUGUGGAAUUAAAGGAUAAAAGUAAUACAGCAGUUUGUGAACGCCUUAAUAAGACUUUUGAAAAGAAAUAUGGCAAACGCAAACAUGGGGGUAUUCGUAAGAAAAAUGCUAGACGAAGUCUUGCUGCAAGUGACCCAAAACUUAAAACCUAUUACGCCAAGUCGCUGUGGCGUGAACAAUAUGCUGCUAUUGGAAAAUAUACUUCCAGCAUUGCAAUGCGUCGUAACAUUACUAAUAUGGUGACGGACUCCGUGGAAGACGAGGAAGAAGGAGCUAAGCGACCUAGAAGAUACGAAUAUAAUAACGUUAUUGAUGUGAUCAUAUCGCCUGUCAAAGAAGGACCAAUUAGAAUUAUUAUGAAUAACCAACUGAAUAACACACUAGAACAGUCUUCAUCUUACGAGAAUGAAGCAUUCCUGCAUGCAUGGUUCCGUGACCUGGAACAAUAUGGUGCUCGUGCUAACUUUAUUCAGGACCGCAGUUUCCGCUCACGUGCAGCAUACAAUGCACAACUCAGUGCAAAUCGUAACCUUGGCUAUAAGCAGAUUCAAAAUACAUUUCUAGAAACGAUGUCUUUCGUACGAUGGACUGUUGAGGAAUUUAUUGCGUUAGAGAUGGGAUUUUCCAAAGACGUGGCACGAUCAUUGGUUCAGUUAUUUGAAGAUGGAUGUGAGGUACCAUUUAUUGCCCGUUAUCGACGACAUUUAAUUGGUGGAGCAACACCCGAUGAUUUGCGGCAUGCAGUGGAAACUUUCAAGAAUGCUAAAGCUAUCAAAGCUAAAGCGGAAAAACUUUUGAAACGAGCUGAUGCUGAAAUUGAAAAUGGUUCGUUGAAGGAAUCGCUGAAGGAUGCUCUUUCAAAAACGAUGGAUGCUAGUGAAUUGGAUAAUUUAUUCGAACCUUUCAAAAAAGCCAAAAAGGGUUCUUUGGCUUCAAGAGCAGCUGAAUUGGGCAUUGGCGAGAUUUGUCAGAAGCUUUGUGGUGGAGAAUAUGUUAAUUUACAACAUUUUGUUGGUUCUAAACCAGAGCUAAAUACAUUGGCAAAAGUAGAAGAGGAGACAAUACAUCUGUUAUCUCAUGAAUUACAUCGCUUAGAGGAAACGCAAACUUUGUUGCAAAAAUUAGCUGAACUAAACAAUCAUUUGAAUAUUCAUUUGAAAGUAAAAUCGACACUAACAAGAAAAGCGAAAGUUUUAAAGGAAACAGACAAGAAUUUUUCCCUUCUCGAUCAUUUCAGAUUAUAUUUAAAUUUUGAAAAAGAUGUUCGAUUUGUUCAGCCUUUUCAGAUUUUAGCUCUGGAGCGAGCUUCAUCGAAAGAAAUUAUAAACUGGAAAAUAGUUGUGGAUGAUAAUAUUGCCAGCGUUCAUCCAGGCAUGAAACUCAACUUUCAUCGUAAACAUAUAGAUUUGCUAAGAAAAGCUAUCCAGGAUUCUACGAAACGUUUUCUUAUACCUUCGAUUGAACGGAAAGUUCGAAAGAAGUUACUUGAUCGAGCAGAAAAUUCGGCAAUCGAUUGUUUCGCUAAAAAUCUUCGUGAAUUGCUGCUUACAGCUCCACUAAAAGGUUGCGCAGUGCUUGCGAUUGAUCCCGGAUAUUCGAAUGGAUGUAAAUGUGCAUUAGUCAAUGACAACGGUGACCUCCUUCAAACAGCAGUAUUUUACUUACAUCGACUUCAUGCCAAUCUCUGGGGUCCGGAUGAACGAGCUGAGGAAGUACUGAAAACGCUCGCAUCAAAAGCAGUUAAUUCACCUUUCGUAAUAGCUGUUGGGAAUGGCACCGCAAGUCGAGAAGUACAAGUCUUCAUAGCAUCCUUAAUUCAGCGCGAUGUGAUUUCUGCGAAAUUUUGCGUAGUUUCCGAAUGUGGUGCAUCCAUUUAUAGCACAACAGAAUUAGCAGCAGAGGAAUUGCCGGGAAUUGAUAUUAAUUUGCGAAGUGCAGUGUCACUUGCCAGACGUAUUAUUGAUCCUAUCUCGGAAUAUGUGAAGAUUGCACCGAAGCAUCUUGGUGUAGGAUUGUAUCAGCAUUCGGUGAAUGAAAAACGCUUGGACGAAAUGUUGGAUAUAGUCGUGCGCGAAUGUGUCAGUAAUGUUGGCGUUGAUGUGAACAUAGCUUCACUUCAAGUUUUACAGAGAGUAUCGGGUUUGAAUAAGAAAACGGCCGCUAAUAUAAUCAAAUAUCGACAAGACAAUGGAAACAUAAAAAGCAGAGAAGAACUGAAGAGUAUCAACGGAAUCGGUCCAAAAUGUUUUGAGCAUUGUGCUGGGUUCCUUUAUGUUUAUAACAGUAAAAGAUUGGAUACACCAGUGAGAAAGAAAGCAAAACUUGCAACAGAAUACAAUCCUUUGGAUGCAACUCCUGUUCAUCCAGAAAGUUACAAGAUCGCCAAACAGAUACUCAAAUAUGCUGGUGCCGAUUUAACACACAUUGGGCAAGAUUGCUUAUUUCAAAUGUUAGCAGUAGUCGAACAACGAAUUAGAGAACACGACCCGGAAUGGGUUGUGGUGUGGGAAUUAUUAUCAAAUCCAUUUGUAAGAAGAAAUGCGCCAAUGCUUUUGACGAAUGUACUGGAAAUGAAAUCACUGAAAGUGGGUGAUAUUUUGGAAGGCGUUGUUCGAAAUCAUGCUAAUUUUGGUAUAUUUAUCGAUAUCGGGAUAGGCUUCAAUGCUUUAGCGCAUUCAUCAACUCUACUCUCAGUUGUUCCCGAGGUAAAUUCUUCAGUGAAGGUUCAAAUCACACGGCUGGAGAUGGAUCGGCAUCGAAUUGGUGUCAUUUUAGUUUGA